AUGCAAGAGAUCCUCGACGAUGCUGCACAUUUCGUCCCCUUGGCGCAUGACCCGACGGCUAAAGCGGAACGCUCUUUGGUGGACCACCUCCGUCAGUUAAAGAAGAAGGGCCACCUAGAUGAUGUUACCUACCGCCGCCUCUUCUCAUCGGACGGUGCUACUCCCAGAAUUUACGGCCUCCCCAAGAUACACAAGCCUGGGUGCCCUUUGAGACCGAUUGUCUCGUUCAUCGGGUCGCCGACGUACAACCUGUCCAAAUAUUUAGUAGAGCUUGUGACUCCCGUUACCGGUAACAACAACCUGACAGUGCGCAACUCGAAGGAGUUUGUCGAGCUGGUCCGGACGCAGGCCCCAAGCAACAACGAUGUUAUGGUGUCAUUCGAUGUGGUGUCACUGUUCACCAACGUUCCGAAGGAUCUCGCGGUACAAGUGGCGGAGGACCGACUACGGAAGGACAGCACCCUGGCAUCACGGACGUCACUCACAGUUGAAGAGGUAGCUAUACUUCUGAGAUUCUGCCUCAAUCAAACUCAUUUCUGCUUCAACGGCAAGUGUUAUCAUCAAAUCGAAGGAUGCCCUAUGGGAAGCCCUGUAUCAGUGACGCUAGCAAACUUGGUCAUGGAACACAUUGAAGAGACGGCCAUGGAACGAUUCUCCCGCCCAGUUAAGUUCUACUGGCGCUACGUAGAUGACACGUUCGUCAUCCUAGACAGGAACCACGUCGAGGAAUUCCACUCGGUUCUCAACUCCAUCGAUUCAUCGAUCAAUUUCACGUAUGAAGUCGAGCAGGGCGGCAAGCUUCCUUUCUUGGAUAUAUGUGUAUGCAGGGACAGUACGGGGAGCAUCCAUACGUGUGUCUACAGAAAGCCCUGCGAUACCGGCACUUUCCUCAGUUUUGAAUCACAUCACCCCACGGAACAUAAGCGAAGUGUGGUGCGAACUUUAUUGCAUCGUUCAGAGCAAUUGUCAUCUUGCAGCGAGCUACGGGCAUGUGAAGAUGCGACGAUCUCCGCUUCCCUGGACAAGCGAGGCUACCCCCACAGGUUUAUUGAGGACACCCGGAAACGUAUGCAGUUACGUAAACCGCAAGAUGAGGAUCGCUCCCGCCUGACCCGGGUCACAAUCCCAUACGUCAAAGGCGUUUCAGAGUCUAUCCGCCGGGCACUACUUCCACUGGAAAUCUGGGCGACCUUCCGACCGCACGUAAAACUGCGCAGCCUCAUCUCCAAGCCAAAAGACAUUGUCGACCCAGAAGACCAGUCUGGCGUGGUUUACAAGCUACAAUGUCUAGACUGUGACACGUGUUAUAUUGGCGAGAAAGGCCGAAAAAGAAGGACCCGCAUAAAAGAACACAAGAGCGACGUCCGGAACGCCACACAUGCCACGCGGCUUCGGAGAGGAGGGAGGAGGAGGAGUGUCGUUGGGAGGAACCCGAGAGGUCUGCCUGCCUGA